AUGCCAGAGCCAGUCAAGGCAGUCAAGGAGGAUACUCCCGCUGCAACAGCGACCAAAUCAGCCGAUGCACCUGCUGUCAAGCCACCGAGCGAGAAGGAGCAGCUCCUUGCGCUCCUUCGUCACAACUUUUUGCUGAUCGAGCGUAGCGUCUCGCAUAUCGAACAGCGUUUCACCGCUCGUGUGCUCCGAACUUUGCCCUACGUCAGGAGAAAGGUCAAUGCCUACCCUGACGUGCUGGCGCUCGCGGUGCAGGAAGGUAUCCUCGCAAACGGGAAGGACGAGUCAUCAAAUCAAAAGCACCUCCUGUCUCUGCUGCCUGCACCGUACAAGCCCGAGCCCCCCUCCGCUCCUGCUGUCAGCGCCAACUCCGCCGCGGCUUCCGAUGCGAUGGAUGUAGACUCAGCUGAGCCGAAAGCCGAAGCAGAGAAGGACUCCAAGGACGCCAAGACCUCUGCAGCUGCCACCGCUGCACAGCUGUCGAAGCCCGCUCAGAGGCAAGCUGAAGCUCAGCCCGAGCUGGUCGCCUACCUUCGCCUGCUUGCGCUCGUCCAUCUCAUCGACAACAAGAAGCUUGAUGCCGCCUCGGACGAGGCAGUCGCUUCCAUCUCGACCAUCACCGCCCAGAAUCGAAGGACGCUCGACCACCUCGCGGCCAAGACCAUCUUCUACCUUGGAAGGGCUCAGGAACUCAAGGCGGAGCAGGCGCACGCAAAGGGCGCCCACGCCGAAGGCGGUCUCACCUCGAUCCGAAGCCAGCUGCUCGGCUUGCAGCGAACUGCCUCGCUCCGUCACGACCCUGAGACCGAAGCGACCAUCAUCAACUUGCUGCUCAGGUCUUACAUUGUUGAGGCCAACCUGUACGACCAGGCCGACAAGCUGGUAGCUCGAGCGCCUUUCCCGCGAUCAAGCGCAAGCAACCCUCAGGUGGCUCGAUACGACUAUUACGUCGGACGCAUCCGUGCGGUGCAGCUCGACUAUACACAGGCUCACGUGCAUCUGCAGCAGGCUAUCCGACGUGCUCCUCAGGCUUCGCUUCCGCAGGAGUCGAGUGCUGCUGGUGGCGAUGGUGCUGGAACCGGAGCUGCUGCCACUGCAGCUAUCGGCAAAAAGGAGACGAGCGCCAAGACAGACGCGCUUCCGGUGGGUCAAUCCCAGCCGGCAGCCGGCUUCUUGCAGACGGCUCACAAGUUCUUGGUCGUCGUCGAGCUGUUGAUGGGUGAGAUCCCGGAACGAUCCAUCUUCCGAACCCCGGUUCUGCGCAAGGCUCUGUCGCCCUACCUGGAGAUCGUUCAAGCCGUACGCGUCGGUGAUCUCCAGCGUUUCCAGUCGACACUCCAACAGCACAACAAGCUCUUCCAGACGGACAAGACGCUGUCGCUCAUCGUCCGACUUCGACACAACGUCAUCAAGACGGGGAUCCGAAUGAUCUCGCUCUCCUACUCGCGCAUCUCUCUCGCCGAUAUCACGCACAAGCUGCACCUCGAAUCCGAAGAGGAUGCCGAGUACAUUGUCGCCAAAGCGAUCCGAGACAAUGUGGUCGAUAGCAGAGACACGCGGGUCGACCAUGAAAAGGCCGAGAUGGUGAAUCGCGAGACCAAGGAUCUGUACGAAACCGACGAACCGAUGCAGCAGUUCCAGCAGAGAAUCCAGUUCUGCCUGCAGCUGCACAAUGAGAGUGUAAAGGCGAUGAGGUACCCGUUGAACGGACACAAGAAGGAGCUCGAUAGUGUCGCAGAGGCGCACGAGAGGGAGAGAGAGUUGGCGGCUGAGAUCGCAGAUGGAGAGAUGGAUGACAGCGAUGAUGAUUGGGCGUGA